GGAACCUCUCUCCGUGGACGCCUCCAUGUUGAAAAGCCGGCUGUACAUCCAGGUCCGCCAUGGUUUGCCUUCCCCCGACAACAGAAACAUUUGCCUGUUCUACAGGUUCCGAGGAGUCCCCGAACAGUGUGUGACUUCUGACACUCCUCUCCCAGCAUGGAAAACACACCUCAGUACAGACUUUACCCUUAGAAAAACUCCACACAAGUCAAACCCGGGAUUAUGGACUCUUCUACUAACAGUCUGGAUGACGUGUCAGCCGACAGCAGUGCAGAGUUCCCAGACCGAGCGUCCAUGAUGGAGGUUCGUCUGCAGGCGCAGGAGGACGAGAUCACGCUGCUGAAGUCCUCGCUGGCGGACGCUUUGAGAAGGAUCCGCCUCCACGAUCAGCUGCUGCCUUUACUGAAACAACAGCUCAUCGCAGUGAACCCUGCAGCUGCUCGAGUCCUGAACCAGGUGUGCUGCUCUGACGGCUGUAACAACAGGAAGCUGUCAUCCAGCUCGGCAGGUGACGGGAUCAGACUCUCUGCUCACAGCCAACUGUCAGACACUCUGAGCACCACUAACGGACACAUAGGAUGCCCAGAGUCCCUGAAACAAAGACCUGGACCCGCCACACAGGACAGAUCCACACAGACAGACCCCGCUCUCUCAGUGCAGGACAGGGUCCCUCUGCCCAGGCGGGUCCAGAGCCUGAACCUGGAGGACGCCCUCCCUCCUGCAGUGCCUGCGCUAGAAGGGACGCGGGCCAAGCUGCACCGCGUCCCUGGUCUGGAGGAGGAUGAGGACCAGGAGGAGGAAGAAGAGGGGGGAGGGGAGCUGAGCUGGACGUCGUCGGUGGAGGAGCCGAUCCAGCCCACGACAAUUCAAGGUCUUCAGAGGGAGGAGUUCCAGGACGGGAGCUGCUCCCCUGAGGAUCCUGGCUCCUCCUCCCCUUCAGUCAGAACACCAGACCAGAACCAGAGCCCCCGAUCUGGGCCGCUGUCCCCCAUCCAGGAGGGAGAGAAGAAACCGCUGGUUCGCAGAAACAGCGAGAAGCUGGGGAAUCCGGAGAAACAGAGGAAACGUCUGGACAAGAAGGCGGCGUCCUCGGCUAACCUCCUCGCCCGCUCGCCCAGCCUGGAGAAUCGAGCCAAAGAGCUGAUCGCCAACGCAGGCUCCCCCGGGUCCAGAAGAGGAACCUACGGCCAAGGACAGUCCAUUAAAAUGUUCAUCCGCGGCCGGCCCAUCACCAUGUACAUCCCCUCCAACAUCCAGAACUAUGAAGACCUGAAGAUGGAGCCGCCCUCAGACCGACUGGAGCUGGACUGGGUGUACGGUUAUCGAGGACGGGACUGCAGAGCUAACCUGUACUUCCUGCCGACAGGAGAGGCGGUGUACUUCAUCGCCUGUGUCGUCGUUCUUUACCACAUCAAGAACCGAACACAGCGACACUACCGCAAACACACCGACUGCGUCCGCUGUCUGACCCUCCAUCCUGACAAAGUGAGGGUGGCGUCUGGACAGACAGCAGGCGUGGAAAAAGACGGCAAGCCUCUCCAGCCUUGCGUUCAUAUCUGGGACUCGACCACGCUCGUCACCCUGCAGCAGAUCGGUCUGGGAACCUUCCAGAGAGGAGUGGGAUCAGUUGCAUUUUCUUUCGCUGACAGUGGAGCGUCUCUGUGUGUGAUCGAUGACUCCAAUGAACACAUGCUGUCAGUGUGGGACUGCAACAAGGGGACCAAGACAGCAGAGGUCAAGAGCACUAACGAGGCCGUGUUCGCUGUGGAGUUUAACCCCAGCGACAGCUCCAGCAUCAUCACCUGCGGGAAAUCUCACGUCUACUUCUGGACUCACACCAACGGACAGUUCACCAAGAAGCAGGGCAUCUUUGGAAAAUACAAGAAGCCAAAGUUCAUCCAGUGUUUUGUGUUCAGUCUGACCGGGGACGUUCUGACCGGAGACUCUGAAGGAAACAUCCUGACAUGGGGAAAAUCAGCUGCUGACAUAAAGACGCUCGGGAAAGGAGCCAAAGAGACGCUUCAGAUCAUGCGUCAGACUCGAGCGCAUGAAGGUAGCGUGUUCACUCUGUGCACCCUGCAGGGCGGCGCUCUGCUCAGCGGUGGAGGAAAAGACCGAAAGAUCAUCCGCUGGAGCGCCGACCUGGCUCCUGAAAGAGAGUGUGAGAUUCCAGAGAAUUAUGGGGCGGUGCGUACCAUUGCGGACGUGGACGGUGAGGAGCUGUUGGUUGGUACAACCCGGAACGCUGUUCUCAGAGGAACCUUCUCAGACGGAUUUGUGGCCAUCGUGCAGGGUCAUGUAGAUGAGAUGUGGGGACUGGCCACACACCCCUCUCAGAGCAUCUUCCUCACCUGUGGUCAUGACAGACAGGUGUGUCUGUGGAACACCGAGGAGCACAAGCUCGACUGGUGCAUCUGUCUGGAGGAGUAUGGUCUGUGUGCGGGUUUCUGUCCGAAUGGCUCGGUUGUUUCAGUCGGACUCAACACAGGAAGGUGGGUUGUCCUGGACCUGCUGACCAAAGAGGUGAUCUCUGAGUCUGUUGAUGGCAACGAGCAGCUGUCCGUCAUGAGAUACUCACCUGACGGCAGCUUCUUAGCCGUGGGGUCUCACGAUAACUUCAUCUACAUCUACACUGUGACGGAGAGCGGCCGAAGGUACUCUCGCUUCGGGAAGUGUAACGGUCACUCCAGCUUCAUCACUCACCUGGACUGGUCCAAAGACGAAUACAUCAUGUCGAAUUCAGGAGACUACGAGAUCCUUUACUGGGGCAUUGCAGGGGGGUGUAAACUGCUGAGGAAUCGCUUUGAGAGCAAAGACAGAGAGUGGGCGUCUUAUACCUGCGGGCGCUUCCACGUCAUGGGUGUGUGGUUGGAGGGCUCAGACGGCACAGACAUUAACGCUCUGUGUCGCUCUCACAACGAGAGGAUGGUCGCUGUGGCGGAUGAUUUCUGUAAAGUUCAUCUCUUCCAGUAUCCCUGUCCUAAACCCAAGGCUCCGAGCCACAAGUACGAGGGCCACGGCAGCCACGUCACCAACGUCUGCUUCACCCACAGCGACUCCCACCUGCUCUCCAUGGGGGGGAAGGACACCUGCAUCCUCCAGUGGAGGGUGAUGGGAGAAGGCGUGGGGGACAAGGAGAGGCUGACUUCCCUGUCCUCCACCUCCACUAGCUCUCCAGAACCUGCGACCGGAGAUAACAAGGACCUGAGAGUGAACAGACAGAGAGGAGGACCGAGAAAGUCUAAGCUACAACCGCUGUGUCAUGUUUACACACAACAUGUGGAGGAAUCAUCUCCUAACCUUCACACUCCUCUGUAAUCCUGGUUGUGGAACUGGAUGCUGUGAUUCAGGAUCUCUGUGGUUCUGUUGGAUGUGAGGCGAGGAGGAGGAGAAGAAGAAGAAGCGGCCGUGUGUGUUUGCUGGUACAGAACAUGACUUGACUUCUGCAUGACACGUUUCUGUGUUUAAAACUUACAAAGAGCUGUGUCAUAGUGCUUGCCAUCGAGCCCUCAAGGUGUUAUCGGAACGUGUUAAAAUUUGUAAUAUUUUAAAGGGUCCAUUCUGACAGAUUUAAACCUGGGCCUUAUUUUUCCAUCAGUUGGGGUCGUACUGAUUAAGUGUUUGGAGUUGCUCCAGUAGAUUCUUUGUUCUACAGCAGGUCAGCAGGCUGCAACAAAACCCUUGAUGGAUCAAGUGUGUUGAUUUAAAGUUCUUGUUUUUGUCCCUGACAGGCUCAGGUUUUUCUAAGAGUCCUGACAACAUUACAGAAAGGAUCCCUGCAGAGAGAAUGCUUUACGUUGAAGAGGAAGAAACAUUUUCACUUGCGUCUCUACCGCUGUUUCAUUCUGUUAUUGUUUAUUACUAAGAUAAUAUUUUGUUGGAUGCCAAUCAAAACUUUAAACAGCAAAAGACCCACCGUGUCACGACAAUGAACAACUAAGACAGCUGUCAACUAAUAACUCCCUGAGUCCUGCAACGUAGAACUCUUGUUUUUUAAAUGGAGGUGUGCUAAGAAGAUAGUCAAAGGUGACAUAUCUAGAAUGAAUCAAUGUAAGUGUCUCAAAGCAUCACAGAGAAGAUCCCUGCAGAGUAAGAGUUGCUGAUGUAGAGUUGCUAGAUGUUUUCUGUUAAGUUUUCACAGCGAUUCAGAGUGUGUUAUGUUAAUUAACAGCUGAUACAUGUUGCUGUUUAUCAUACAGACAUGAUUACAGGGAAUAAUAGAGAGGAGACAUUAGAGGAGAUGCAAUGUACUGUGAUUCCGGAAGUGCUGUAAAUGUGGGAAAUACAAUGCCUUCCAGCGGCCCAAUCACAGGACUUGUGUUCCCCGUGCACAUCAGGCUACACAGGUACGCUUCUGCGUCAUUAAGGGCAACACAUGUAUAAACCAGGCUUCAGCAAGUAAUACUUUUUGGUUAUUGUUAAACUUUUAAAAUAUCAAACUCACACAAUAACACAACAAUUAACUAACUGAGGCAGCUGUAAACCAACAACUCCCUCGCUGUGUGGGGUAAAAUGACUUAUUUUAGGUGCUUUUCAGUUGACUGUUUACUGGAGACUCUCAGCAGGAUGUCCCUCACAAAUGUCUUUAGAUGAUCAUGAAAUAUCUGAUGACGAUAUUUGGACAUUUGAAUAAAAACUAA